AAUCUUAAAAAGCUUAACCCCAAAUCCGGCGACCUCAUAACUGCCCCUCCGCCGUCCCGUCGAAAUGCGAGCUGCUGUGUGCCGUCAGAUUAUCUCCAGAUUUCGAUCGUCCGCACUCUCAUCUCUCCAUUGUAGGACCAUUUCCGCCUCUCCAACCUCUCACCACGGCGCUCUGUCGCCGCCCCUCUCACAACCCUCCAAAGCCUUGCCCAACCCUAACCCCCGGACUAUAACCCCAUCGGAAAGGCAAUUCGAUUCGUGGAUUAACAAACUCCGUCCAGGGUUCACUCCGUCGGACGUCGAUGAAGCCUUGCAGGCCCAAUCGGAUCCGGAUAUGGCACUCGACAUUUUCCGGUGGACGGGCCAGCAGCGAGGCUACAAGCAUGAUCACGUCACUUACCACCGCAUUAUCCGCAUCUCCGUUUCCGGUAAGCGUUACCGGGCUGCUGAAACCCUAGUUGAGGAGGUCUUCGCCGGGGCUUGUCAGCCGAGUCUCCCCUUAUACAAUUACAUGAUUAGGUUCUGUUGCAGCCGGAAAUCGCUGUUCAACCGAGCAUUUGACAUUUACAAGAAAAUGCUGAAAUGUGAGGAUGCUAAGCCAAAUCUGGAAACCUACACGCUAUUACUGAAUGCCCUGCUCCCUAAGUUUAACAAGCUGGCUGUUUCUUAUGUGUACAUGCAUUCCGUGAGAUCAUUAGCUGUGCAAAUGAAGGCAUCUGGUGUGAUUCCGGAUACUUAUGUUUUGAAUAUGAUUAUAAAGGCUUAUUCAAAGUGUCUUGAGGUUGAUGAAGCAAUCCGGGUGUUUCGUGAAAUGGGAUUAUACGGCUGUGAACCAAAUGCAUACACAUAUAGUUAUUUAGCCAAAGGGUUGUGUGAGAAGGGGAGAGUCGAUCAGGGAAAGGGGUUCUAUAAGGACAUGAGGGACAAGGGCUUUAUCCCCAAGGGAAGUACUUACAUGAUUUUGAUAUGCAGUCUAGCAAUGGAGCGGAGAUUCGAGGAAGCUAUUGAUGUGGCCUUCGAUAUGCUGAGCAAUUCGUUGUCUCCUGAUUUGCUGACUUAUAAAACUGUGUUGGAAGAGAUGUGUAGGGAUGGGAAAGGGCAAGAUGCAUUUGACCUUCUUGAAGAGUUUAGAAAGAGGGAUAGUUUCAUGAACGAGAAGACCCACAAGUCUUUGUUGAGCGUGUUGCAUUAUUUAAAUGCGAAGUAGAGGGCUGCUGUCUUCUUGAAGUCAUUUGAAACAUCAAAACCACACCUGUUUUUUGGUAAUUCAGAGUGCCAUAUCUAUGUGUACAGCUUCAAUGGUGCCAUGAGGUUUUUCUCUCUUCAAGACACAUGAUAUUAUAUCGUUCUGUUCUUGGAUUACUCUAUAGGAUUGGCCCAUGGGAGAAAAGAGAUAGUUGAAUGGGGUCCAAUCUCCUCGCAGACUUGAAUGGGAUAAUCAAAGAGGCUAACGAAUCAGCAAUAGAAAAAAUGGGUAUUGGAGGUAUUUGCAGGCCGGCCUUGAUUGGCUGCAUUUUCAGCUGAAAUGGGGGAGUUAUAUGCUUUUUAUUUUCAAGAAAAGGUGAAUAUUCUUCAUUGAAACAAUAGGAAGCAGAACAAAAGCAACGACGUGAAAAGAUCACUGGCCAUCAGAAGAAUGAAGGAGUAAUAGUUUGGAUCUGAUUUAGAAAUACAUGGCAGUGUAGUGUGCCGAUUACUUCGUUCCAUUGAGCGAAAGUUAUGUGCAAGGCUUCAUUGAUUUGUGUAAGCUUAGAUUUCUUUUCUCAAAGUCAUGUAAAUGUGUAACCUUCAUCUUCUUCGCACUUGUUUUUUCGGUGUCUCUGCCCCUUAAAGCCCCUUUUACAUAUUCUCUUCCCUAUAAAUAACUCAUAAUUUU